AUUGAAUGGAUGCAUCGAAAUUAGAAACUGAAUAUUUCCAAAUUUGGGGUUUUACUGCCCAUUCAUUGAUCAUCGACUCAUGUAUAGGAGGUGGUGCAGUGGCGGUCUAAAGGCGAAUGUCCCAAUGGGAGUACAUCAGUCUCCAGUCCCUUGCUUCAUACUCCAAAUUGGUGUUAGUUUUGGCAGACAAUGCGUGCCCGAGAAUUCCGCAAAGAACUAGAGUACAUAUUCCUCUUUCAUCAUCACAGCCCAUAAAGCGAGGCCGCAGACGAGUGACCGGAGACUCGGAGACGGAGAGCGCAGCAACAGCAUUAAAGUCUCAAUUUUUACCAUUGACGCCGAUUAUUGUCCAAAAAAGAAAACUUUCUCCCUUCACUGGAGCCUUUCGUACUCCAGACCUACCUGGAUCCGAUCUAAACUGCCCUCUCUGAACUUCUCAUUGCUCCCUGCUGGUAACUGUAUACAAUUUCGUGCUCUGUUGGCCUCGAUCAUUCUGUCAUCCUCCCAAUCAAGAAAAGGUUUAAUCUUUAUGGGAAUUUGAUUCGAAUUGGUCAACUAAAGCCGUGAGUUACUGAAGCUAGGGUUCCUUGGGAGAAGGGUGUCAGAUCUCUAGUUGAGGCCUGUAAAAAUCAGGGCUUUUUGAUCUUUCGCAGUGUCUUUUGGAUACGGUUUGUGUGUGUGUAUGAGGAUUUGGCGUUGCUUGUGUUUCGGUGAAGAAGAAGAGCACAGGGAAGGAAGAAAGGGUAUGCGAGAGGGAAUCUCCGGGACUGCAAGUAAGGAUAUGGAGAAUGACGAGUCUCAAAACUUAAGGAUAGGUUUUCAGUGCGACGAACAGCUGGUAGAAGAAGUGGAGUUAUUGUCACGAGCUACUGUAGACAAUGCCUAUCACUCUGAGGGGCUUGGGUAUGAUAGAGCAUUUGGUAGUGAGAAUUUGCAAGCUUAUCAUCAAUUGGCAUCAAGAAGCAGUAGUAGCCGUCAUAAUGCUGUGGGUGUGAAUUUGAAUUUGAGCUUGAGUGAAGAGCCUUCAUCCUCAACAGCAUUAAAGCAAGAUAACUCCGAUUCUCAUAAUAAAAGGCCCAAAGUUCAACCCUUUUCACUUGAUUGGGAUAGUCCUUUUCUAGAAGAGUUUUGUUAUAGUCGUCCCGUACAUGAUGUCAGUGAUGAGAAUCCAUCAAUGUUCACUGCUGUUGAUGACCAAAUAAAUGAUGACAGUUCAGUAGAGGAUUUAGAAGCUCGGAUGUAUCUUACAGAUGACUUAUUGCACAUGGUCUUCUCAUUUUUGGGCCAAAUUGAUCUUUGUCGAGCUGCAAGGGUUUGCAGGCAAUGGAGGGCAUCCAGCUCUCAUGAAGAUUUUUGGCGUUACCUCAAUUUUGAGAACAGGCUCAUAUCCUCUGAUCAAUUUGAAGAUAUUUGUGAUCGUUAUCCAAAUGCCACUGCUGUUAAUUUUUAUGGUGGAGGCACACAUGCUAUUCACUCACUUGCACUGAAAGCAGUUUAUUCUUUACGAAACCUUGAGGCUCUUACCUUGAGCAAAGGUCAAUUUGGAGAAACAUUAUUCCAAGCUCUACCUGACUGCCAUGUGUUGAAUACCUUAGUCAUUAGUGAUUCUACUCUUGGAAAUGGUAUUCAGGAAAUACCUAUUUACCAUGAAAGGUUGCGUUGCCUUCAGCUUGUGAAGUGCCGGGUACUUAGAGUUUCUGUCAGGUGUCCUCUUCUUGAAACUUUGUCCCUAAAACGGAGUACCAUGCCCCAUGCUGCUCUAAACUGCCCGCUUUUACGUGACCUUGAUAUAGCUUCAUGUCACAAGCUUUCAGAUGCUGCUAUUCGUUCAGCAGCAACCUCAUGUUCACUCUUAGAAUCCUUGGAUAUGUCAAACUGUUCAUGUGCUAGUGAUGAAACACUGCGUGAAAUAUCCCUUACCUGCUCGAGUCUCCGUGUUCUUGAUGCCUCAUAUUGCCCAAACAUCUCUCUUGAGUCUGUUAGGCUUACAACAUUAGAAGUGCUUAAGCUUCACAGUUGUGAAGGAAUCACUUCAGCCUCGAUGUCUGCAAUAGCUUUCAGCUAUACUUUAGAGGUUCUGGAGCUUGAUAACUGCAACUUGUUAACAUCAGUGUCUUUGGAUCUUCCUAUGCUAAAAAGCAUAAGGCUCGUACAUUGCCGCAAAUUUGCUGAUCUGAACCUCCGAAGUGAUAAGCUAUCAUCGAUUACCAUUUCUAAUUGUCCUUUGCUCCAGCGAAUUAGCAUCACUUCAAACUCUCUCAAGAAACUGGUGUUGCAAAAACAAGAAUGCUUGAUCUCCUUAGCAUUGCAAUGUCCCAGUUUGCAAGAAGUGGACCUUACUGAGUGUGAAUGCCUGACAAAUUCUGUCUGUGAAGUUUUCAGAGAAGAUGGUGGCUGCCCUAAGCUGAAAUCCUUGGUUCUUGAUAAUUGUGAGGGAUCGAUUAACUUUAUGAUCAGUCAAACAUCGUAAACCGCGUGGGGACCUUUAAAUGGGACGGAGGGAGUACUUUUUUAAUUUGCAUCUUCAAGAUAUCUGAUUAAAUUUUCAAUUUCUUAAAUUUGUUUGCAAUGAUCCAGGGCUUGACAGCAAUUGAAUUUUCCUGUACUAAAUUGAACACUCUUUCCCUAGCUGGUUGUCGAGGUUUAACAUCACUGGAACUAAGAUGCCCUUAUCUUCAGCAAGUCUCGUUAGAUGGCUGUGAUCAUCUUGAAAGAGCUUCCUUUUGUCCUGUUGGACUUAGAUCUCUUAACCUUGGUAUAUGUCCCAAACUGAGUUUGCUGCAUAUUGACGCACCACAUAUGACAUCACUUGAAUUGAAGGGCUGUGGCGUACUUUCCGAAGCAUCAAUUAAUUGCCCAGUCCUGACUGCUUUGGAUGCUUCAUUUUGCAGCCAACUUAAGGAUGACUGUUUAUCUGCCACAACAAAUUCGUGUCUUCUCAUCAAGUCAUUGGUAUUAAUGUCAUGCCCAUCAGUUGGUUCUGAUGGACUCUUGUCUUUACGCGGGCUUCCAGAUUUGACUUAUCUUGACCUAUCGUACACCUUCCUGGUCAAUUUGCAGCCUGUUUAUGACUCUUGCCUGCGGUUGAAGGUACUGAAAUUGCAAGCAUGCAAGUAUCUUAGUGAUACAUCUUUGGAACCUCUUUACAAAGAAAAUGCUCUCCCUUACCUGAUUGAGUUGGACUUGUCGUAUGGGACACUCUGCCAGUCUGCCAUUGAGGAAUUGCUUGCUUUCUGUACACAUUUAACCCACGUUAGCUUGAAUGGGUGCAUAAAUAUGCAUGACUUGGAUUGGAGCGGAAAUGGAAUUUCCCAUACCACGUCGACAUUUGCAUCAGCUGUAUGUGACAUCCGCAUCACAAACAAACAGCUAACAAAUCGUUUGCUGCAGAAUCUCAACUGUGUUGGCUGUCCUAACAUCAAGAAGGUGGUAAUUCCCAUGGCGCGAUGCUUCCUUUUGUCAUCACUAAAUCUGUCCCUCUCUGCAAAUCUGAAGGAAGUCAAUGUUGUUUGUUCCAACUUGUCUUCUCUCAAUUUAAGUAACUGUUGUGCUCUGGAAAUAUUGAAGCUUGAGUGUCCCAGAUUGAACAACCUAUUCCUUCAGUCUUGCAACAUUGACGAGGAAGCUGUUGAAGCUGCUAUAUUCAGGUGUACCAUGCUAGAGACGCUUGAUGUCCGUUUUUGUCCGAAGAUAUGCCCAUUGAGCAUCGGGAAGCUGCGAGUUGCCUGCCCCGGCUUGAAACGCAUCUACAGCAGCCUGGCACCCCCUUGAUGCUCAAAUUGCAACUCCACCACGUCUGGGCUCUGCAAUCCAUGCUUUCAUCAAUUUCCAAUUUUCACUUUUAGUUGUUUAAGAUCGAAGGCGUGUCUUCUCAUGAUUUGUGAUUAUCUAAAAAUAGCGCUUCUUUCUUGUGCGUUUAUCAAAUUCCAAUAAUAUUUCGUCUUACUACUAUUACUCUCAAGUCGCAAUGUUGAUUCUUUAGCGACCAAGGGCUUGUAGUCGAUAGAUGUUAUUCAAUAAGACACAUAUGGCAUAAUAUAAUGCCAAAGUAACCCGAGGUUGUAUUGUAUAUGCAUAAAUACUUGUAGUUUGUGAAAAUGUAUACUGAAAUAUGCAAAACUUUCGUACUUGUAGAGUUGUAGUAUAAAUAUUCAAAGUUUUGGCUUUCAUAACCUGAGUUUUUCAGUCCGCC